GUAAAAAGCUACUAAUUUGUCUUCUAUCUAGAUCGCAAGCCACUACAAUCGCCCAUGAACCUGCCGUUGUCGCUCAGGGCUCCGCCGUCUAAGAGAAGAUUCUUCGGCGCCAGAGUAGUCACCGUCGCCCGACGGAGGGAGGUCAUCGUUGCGUUGUUCGAAUUCCAAGCCUAGAUUUUGUGUUGCUGCUCUCAUCGUCCUCUCACCACAGAGAAGGAGGGCCGUCGUGAGCUGAGGCAUCGCUGCACAAGAGACCAGCCCAGCGGUAGCCGGCUUCAACCCAGCGGUAGCCGGCUUUAAUUUCAAUAGGCAAAGAUGAGGUCGAGUAACUGGAUGGUUGAUGGUACACGAGCAUCUGCAAUGGGUAGGGUAUGGUAAAUUUUGACCGUGUAUAUUGUAUUUUACUAUCAAAUGUGUUUUAGCAUUCCAUUUCUUCAUAGCUCCUCCAAUCAUUUCUCUUAAAUAAUACACUUUUUUAUAUAUAUUAUUAUUUUUUAAAUAUUUAUUUGUAAUAAUAUUUAUAUUUUUAAAAUUUGUAUGGUACAUGCAUUUCAAACUAUACAUAUAUUGAAUAUUUUUAUAAAAAACAAGAAAUAUAAAUGUAUUUUAAUAAAUAUAUAGAAAAAAUGAAUUUACAAGAUGGGAAAAGCAUGUAGUGUAUUAAUACAAGGUGAGACUUGCUUUUUACAAUAUAGUGUUUGAUGGUGUAAAUUAUCGACCGGUAUAUCGUUUUAGCCCGGCUAAAACGAUAAACUAGUCUAAAAAAUACACCAAAAUAUAAACACGGGAAUUUUUACGUGGAAACCCAAAUCGAGAGAAAACCACGGGCCUUUUUUGGCGGUACCUUGCCAACGGGGGAUUUUUAUUAAUAUCGGGGGUGUGUACACGGUACAUGAUUUAGGCGUAGAAGCCAUUAAUGGAGCAUUUGAGCUCUUGAAGAAGAAGAAAAUAUACACUAAAGCUUUCUAGAGAGAGAGUAGAUGAGCAGGGAAUGAGAGUGAAAUUGGCCCCCUUAACAUUGAGGGGGAGCCCUUCUUUUAUAGGGGUAGCUGGAGCAUCUACAGGGGAAUAUUCUAUUAUUCCUCCAUUUUAUUAAACAGGUCCGGUUUGACUGUUCUUCGUAAAAUAAUUAGGAAAUGUGGGCCGAGCCACGUAUUAUUUCUCAUCAAUAAGUCCUCCACUUUUUUAAGUUGUGAGAAUCAUCAACUUGAAAAAGUAAACAAGUCCUCCGAGUGCUAUCUUCGAUCUUCGUACUUUGGAUUCUUGACCGGUUGAUAUUGUUGCUAGUCCUCCGAGUCUUCAUUAGUUCUCCAAUUUCAGAAGGUUUACCUACAAAAAUAAUACGUACAACAUUUUUUUUUGACCGGCCUAUGCCGUGCUCAAAUAAUUUUAUUAUCUUUACCGAGGAGCUCGGUGUUAGAGUGAUUAAACUUCGCGCGAAUAAUUAUUGUAACAAUAGCGAUGUCAGUUCGAUUAAGCAACGAUGCUUCGAGUAGUUAUUUCGUCGAGACCGAUGUCAGUACGAAUUAAGUAAACGAUGCAUGACGAAAUUAGUAUACAGACGACAUCGACGUUAGUUAAUAAGAAUUGAGUAUGUUGCAGCAGCUUUGUUGAAGAUCAGUGUUAGCCCGGCUGACUGAUGUAAUUAUCUUCAUGUCUCGCGGAGACCAUCUUCGAUCAAAGUGCCUCAGAUUGAGGGCUUAAAUGAAUCGGGCGUCCCCGAUAUGAGCUCGGCUCACUUUUUUGCUGAAACCGAUGUGCAAUCGGUGUACCCAAUUCGAUUGGGCUCAGGCUUAUUGGAAAAUAUGUGUAAGACUGGCGUGAGACCAAUGUACCAGUUCGACUGGGUCACAUAUUUUCUUUAUUAUACUGAGCAAGACCGGUGUAGUAACCAGCGUGCCAGACCAGGCCUGUGUCUUAGUCUUCCAAUAAGAUAAUGCUGCUGGCCGGGCCAGAUCAACAUUGGAGAAUUAACCAUGUCGGAUGGUUUCGAGCCCUCUCCAAGGCCCAAAAUGCACCUUUCUUCCAGGUCCCCCUCUUCCGGGUGAUUAAGUCUUUUAAUGGCCCUUUGAUUUCUACCAUCCCGGGGAGGCCUUAGCUCACCCCCCCGUUCAAGUCUUCCCUGAGAAGGGGGAAACAGGAUGCGCCG